UCUAUACUGGCAACUAUUUCAUUACUUAAAAUAACCAGGAAGUCAAUUUAUAAACAGGAGCUUUGCCGCCGCCCCCCUCCCCCAGAUGAAUUGACUUUUUGUGCCUUUCCUCCUCCACCCCUUGAAGUCCUUGCACAGGAAAAGAUCAGCAAGGAAGAACAAGAGCAGCUUCUCUUUCUCAAAUCACAGCGGCUACAGCAUUUUUAACAGGUCAAGUAACAAAUUACAAACUUCAAAGACAGGAAUCUUGGGUGGAAGGUGCGGCACACGCUGAGCUGAAUGGACUGUGUGGCCCAGUGUCCUCCCGGCGUUCUAGCAUGGAAUUCUGCGGGUGAUGGGAAAGGCCGUGUGACGCAGUAGCUGUCACCUAGGACGGCAGUCUGAUUCACACUCGAUGCCCCUGCUACCAGACCACGGGCUGGGGCUGAGCCCACCUGGCCUCAGUUUCCCCUCUUCUGAGAAGGAGGAGCCAUGCUGUCCGGUCUCUGGCUCCUCUGCAGGCACCUCAGCCCUACCCUGGCGUCCCUGAGCAGAGCGCGCAGCUUCACUCCCUCAGCGCGGGCCGCCGGUUGCAGCCCAGGGCUCCUGGCCGUCACCCCCAGAAGACUGCUAGCCACCGCGGCCUCCUCGGGAGACUCUGCCAGGCCUCCUCGGGUGCGCCAGAACUUUCACCCCGACGCCGAGGCUGCGAUAAACUGCCAGAUCAACCUGGAACUGUACUCGUCCUACGUAUACUUAUCCAUGGCCUACUACUUUUCCCGGGAUGACGUGGCCUUGAACAAUUUCUCCAGGUAUUUCCUUCGCCAGUCCCUGGAGGAGAGAGAGCACGCAGAGAAGCUGAUGUGGCUACAGAACCAGCGAGGCGGCCGGAUCUGCCUACAGGACAUCAAGAAACCUGGCCAGGACGACUGGGAAAGCGGGCUGCAUGCCAUGAAGUGUGCCCUGGUCUUGGAAAAGAAUGUGAACCAGUCCUUACUAGAAUUGCAUGCUCUGGCUUCGGGCAGAGAUGACCCCCAUUUGUGUGACUUUCUGGAAACCCAUUUCCUUCAUGAGCAGGUGAAGUCUAUCAAAGAACUAGGCGACCACGUGCACAAUUUAGUUACCAUGGGAGCCCCGGAUUCUGGCCUAGCCGAGUACCUUUUCGACAAACAUACCCUUGGAAAUGAAAACAAGCAGAAGUAAGCCACAGGCUGCCUUUCCCACAGCUCAGAGGGGCCUGAGACCUGGAGUCAAGUGUCUCCUGUUUCUUCCCCUUAAAACCUUCCAUCUUUACGCUUUUCUCCUGUUAUGUUCUUCCUCCAGUAAAGUAAUAUUUAGAGAAAACAUACUGAGCCUGUUGUGCCCAGAUCGCAAAGUCCCCAAAGACCAUCAAGGAGCCGAUUCCGAUGUAAA